AAUAAUUUAUCUUCAUGUUAUCACCAUAUCAACGUUAGCUAGAGGCCUAGCUAGCUCAGACCAAUCACUUCAGUGCCACCGGAAGUCUUUUCUAUAUACGAUCUUUCACUUGCAUUCUUGAUACAAACCAUCAGCUGUGGCCAAUUCAACUCAUAGUACCCUCACCACCACCAAACCAUGGCCGCCGCCGCUACCACAUGCAGCCACCACCACCACCUUCCCAUCUGACCAUACAAACAUGUUAGGCCUUCGCAAUAUUCUCUUAAUAGCUCCACCAACUUCUUCUUGUCACCACCAGCAGCCGCCACCACACGUUCCCUCUACUCACCAAAUAACCAAUACCACUGAUCAGUAUGGUAUUGCAGACAAUCAAGAGUCUUGGAACACUCUAAAGAAAUACCCGCAAGAAUCAAGUUUCCUUGAAAGGGGAACUUUAAAUGUUCUUCAGGAUUGUGACACUGCAAUAAAUAUUGGUCCUGCAAGAGCAUGUAGGGACUGUGGAAACAGGGCAAAGAAAGAGUGUCAGUACAGGAGGUGCAGGACUUGUUGCAAGGGUAGAGGGUAUGAGUGUACCACUCACCUGAAGAGCACAUGGGUGCCUGCUGCGAGGAGGCGCGAGAGGCUUGGUUAUAGUAGCGGCGGCGGCGGCUCCUCUGCUUCUUCUUCUGGUGGUGGCUGUAUUGGUGGUAAAAGACCAAGAGAAAAUGUGCCUGCUACAUCCAAUAGUUUUAGUACUUCUAAUAACAAUGCUGCUGCUUCUUUUGUUUUGGAUACUGGCUCUAGUUUCCAGGAUGCAAGCUUCAAACAGUCCUUGCCAGUUCAAGUUCACGCCCCAGCAGUUUUCCGGUGCGUCAGGGUGACAGCCAUUAAUAGUGAUGAAGCUGAGGUUGCCUACGAAGCCAAGGUGAAUAUAAGCGGUCAUGUUUUCAAGGGCUUUCUUUAUGAUCAAGGGAUGGAUGAGAAAAACCUGUUUCCAUGUAUUUCAAAAAUGCAUUCCAGUGAAAGAAAUAGAGACUCCUCCUCGCCAAUCGUUGAUCCACCGGAUGCUUACGCAGCCUCUGGCAACCAGAGAUUGCUUGAAGGUAAUGGAUGAGGCCCAGCCUUGCAGGUUUUGGCUUAAAUGCAGAAGGCGUGAACGCCACCUUUUGUCCUAAAUUCUACUACCACAAAUGGCAUGCCAAUUCUCUACUGUAUAGGAUAAUAGGAAUUUCUUAGUUCUCUUAGUUUUGCUUCUGAGGUGAAACUCCUUUGGUUGUGUUCUUAGUGCCUUUGUUCAGUUUGAAGUGUCCUUUCUUUAA